AUGAAGUGGGUGUUACAACACAUAUUACCAGCAACGACACAACCACCAAAAUUUGUUGACAUGCAAAAUGUUGUUCACAUAGAUGAGAAGUGGUUUUAUUUGAGUCCAGACAUGAGGAGGUUUUACUUACUCCCUGCUGAAGAUGACCCUUAUAGUUGUUGUCAGUCCAAGAGAUUUAAGAUCAAAGCCAUGUUCAUGUGUGCCACAUCUAGACCUAUUAAGGACAGUGAAGGGGGGAUGAUACAUGAUGGGAAAUUUGGUAUCUACCCUUUGGUUGAGUAUGCAAGAGCUAAAUAUUCAACUAAAAACAGAAGGGCAGGUACUUGGCUUACAAAAGCAAUUGAAAGUGUUACCCUAGCAGUUAUGAGGGACAUGAUAGUUAACACUAUCAUACCUGCCAUCAUGAGGAAUUGGCUAGAAGGUGUGUCUAAAGAAAUCUACAUACAACAAGACAAUGCUAGACCUCACAUUCAUGCGUCUGACCCAGAAUUUAUGGCAGCAGCAACUCAUAAUGGAUUCAAUAUUCAACUCAUCAAUCAGCCACCUCAGUCCCCUGACUUAAAUGUGCUAGACUUAGGGUUUUUAGAGCAAUUCAAGCACUACAAUAUCAAUCAUUUCCUAAGAAUCUAG